AAGCCACAGACCUCAGCUGUACAAGCUGAGCCUGGCCUAGAGGAACUUUCCGCGGGACUCGGGACAAACAGCCGCACCGACAGGACUGUCUGCGAGCCUGAGUCCCAGACGAGCGCCGGCGGCGGCAGGUACUCCGGACCCCCGCGGCAGGGCCUGGGCAGUGCAGCGGGGGCGGCGGCGGCGGGAGGGUCCCGGGCUGCGAGGUCUUGCCAGUGCGCGCGCGCCAGCCGCCUCCCCUCCGCCCCUCGCUGCCGGCCUCGGGCAUCCACGGCCGGUCGUCCAGCCGCCCGCCACGGCCCUGAACAUGGCCGCAAGCCCCGCUGCCCCCCUGGCCUGGGCGCUGCUACUCCUCUCGUGGGCUCUGCUCCGCGGCGGCUGCCGGGCGCGCUUCGCUGCCGAGCCGGACUCCGAAGACGACGAAGGGGAGGCGGUAGUAUUCCCCGAGUCGCCCCUGCAGAGACCCACGGUGAUGGUGGUCGUCCUCGCGCGUAACGCUGCGCACACGCUGCCUCACUUCCUCGGCUGCCUGGAGCGGCUGGACUACCCCAAGAGCAGGAUGGCCAUCUGGGCAGCCACUGAUCACAAUGUGGAUAAUACAACAGAAAUACUCAGGGAGUGGUUGAAAAAUGUCCAGAGAGCCUAUCACUAUGUGGAGUGGAGACCUAUGGAUGAACCUGAGUCUUAUCCUGAUGAAAUUGGACCAAAGCACUGGCCUGGCUCCCGUUUUGCCCAUGUGAUGAAACUACGACAGGCAGCCCUUCGAACUGCGAGGGAAAAAUGGUCAGACUACAUUCUGUUCAUAGAUGUUGACAACUUCCUGACUAAUCCACAGACCCUCAAUCUACUGAUUGCGGAAAACAAAACCGUUGUGGCCCCCAUGCUGGAGUCUCGGGGCCUGUACUCUAAUUUCUGGUGCGGAAUCACACCUCAGGGCUUCUAUAAACGGACCCCAGACUAUCUUCAGAUUAGAGAAUGGAAGAGGUUGGGCUGCUUUCCGGUCCCCAUGGUCCACUCCACAUUCCUAAUUGACCUCAGGAAGGAAGCCUCUGACAAGCUGAUGUUCUACCCCCCGCACCAGGACUACACCUGGACCUUUGAUGACAUCAUCGUCUUUGCCUUCUCCAGCAGGCAAGCAGGCAUCCAGAUGCACCUCUGCAACAGAGAGCACUACGGCUACCUGCCCAUCCCCCUGAAGCCCCAUCAGACCCUACAGGAGGACAUUGAGAACCUCAUCCAUGUGCAGAUAGAAGCAAUGAUUGACCAUCCUCCAAUGGAACCUUCCCAGUUCAUCUCAGUUGUCCCUAAAUAUCCAGACAAGAUGGGAUUCGAUGAGAUUUUCAUGAUAAACCUCAAGCGCAGAAAGGACAGGCGGGACCGGAUGUUACGUACCCUGUACGAGCAGGAGAUUGAGGUCAAGAUUGUCGAGGCUGUGGAUGGAAAGGCACUCAACACAAGCCAGCUGAAGGCCCUGAAUAUUGAAAUGCUGCCCGGAUAUCGAGAUCCCUACUCCUCCAGGCCUCUAACUAGGGGUGAAAUUGGCUGUUUCCUUAGCCACUACUCUGUCUGGAAAGAGGUAAUUGACCGAGAGCUGGAGAAGACUCUUGUUAUUGAGGAUGAUGUGCGUUUUGAACAUCAGUUUAAGAAGAAGCUCAUGAAGCUGAUGGAUGAUAUUGAUCGAGUCCAGCUGGAUUGGGAACUGAUUUAUAUUGGCAGGAAGAGGAUGCAACUAAAAGAGCCAGAGAAAGCUGUGCCCAAUGUGGUAAAUCUGGUCGAAGCUGACUAUUCUUACUGGACUCUGGGCUAUGUCAUCUCUCUGGGAGGAGCACAGAAGCUUGUUGGAGCCAAUCCUUUUGGGAAGAUGCUACCAGUGGAUGAGUUUCUGCCAAUCAUGUACAACAAGCAUCCUGUUGCUGAGUACAUGGAGCAUUACGAAUCCAGGGACUUGAAAGCCUUCUCUGCAGAACCCUUGCUCAUCUACCCAACACACUACACAGGCCAGCCAGGGUAUCUGAGUGACACGGAGACCUCAACCAUCUGGGACAAUGAGACAGUGGCCACUGACUGGGACAGGACACAUGCCUGGAAGUCCAGGAAACAAGGUCACAUCUACCGCAAUGCCAAGAACACAGAGGCCCUGCCACCGCCAACCUCCCUGGACACUGUGCCUUCGAGAGAUGAGCUAUGAGGGCUCCAUGGGGGGUUUACUGCCCUUUCGUUUUCCUAGUGGGCUGUUGAUAUGUUUGUUCCAGUUUCUUUUCGUGGUCACGAUCAUCUAACCAAAGUGGUCUAGUGUGAUUGAUCAAAAUUAGUAUGUUUUUGA